AUCUCUCCACACACUCUCUCUAUCCCUCUACACUGGCACUUGUUGAAUUCAACCCCUAGAGAAUAGAGAGAGGGGAGAGAAACAGAGAGAGAUAAUGACAGGGAGGCAGAGGGAGGCUUUGAGACAGCGCUAGAACAGACAGCAAGCAGAGAAAAUGGGGCUUUGGAAGAUCUAGAGAUAGAAGAUAUGCUGUGGAAGACAGACAGAGAAAAGUCGGCCAGACAGCAGAGAGAAUCAUUUUUCAGACAGUGGGAAUGACACUUUAAGUGAAAGAGAGCGUCGACCAGACGGAGUACAUCAGACUGCUCUCCUUCCAUCUCUAACUACUCCUCUUCUGUCCCGGUCCUGACUUGCUGGUGGUGUGUUUGUGUGUAUCAAGGCUCCAUGGUGUGUCUCAACCAGAGGACUGGCUUACACAGGUCAGAACUGUCUGGGAUAACAGUGAGCACAUUUUUCUGCAUUUGUGCAUGUGAGAGAGACUGUUAGCGGGGGGAAAAGUUGUGUGCUGGUUUCUCCAGGUGAGUGCUUGCAUGCCAGAGUACACAGUAAUUUCCCUAUGCAAGCCUGUGCUGUGUGUGUGCGUGUGUGCCAGCGUGCGUGCGUUUAGGCAUGCACACUUUUAUGUAAGUAAGCCAAAGUGCAUGUCUGUUUGUAUGGAGUGCAUGAAGUGGGAGAGAAAGAGAGAGAGUGUGUGUGUGAGAGAGGCGGUGACAUUUUUUUCAGUUUGUAUUCCUGGAAACUGUUCUGCAGCAUUGCUCAAUAAUGAAACUAGUGCGUAUAUGUAUGUGUGUAUGUGUGUGUGCGUGUGAGUGUGUGUGCGUGUGUGUAUAUGUGUGUGGGUUGGUGGGGAGAAGAAAAAAACAAUGACACAAGGUUCAGGGAAGGAGAGAAGGUGCAAAUAUGCCUGGAGAAUGUUACUGAGAAGGAGUGAAGAAAGGUAUCAAAGUUAAUAUAGAAUUGUGUGUAAGACAUUAGUUGUUAUGAGUUUAAAAAGAGGACAAAUGCCAGCAAUGGUAUGUUGUGCGAAAAAAUCAGGGAGAACAACUUAAAAUGUGAAAAACUGGUUGAAUUCAGUGUGAUUUCAUCUGUGAGAAAAGUUCUGCUCUAGGCUGAUUUACAGGUCAUCAGAGUAUUGGUGUGGAUGCGUUGAGAGUGCAAUACUGAAAUGAGUCUAAGCUUCUUGGAAUAUAUGUCAUGUAAAAUAACGAAGCCUUAAGAUGCCUCUCUCGCUGGCAGUGUUUGCAGUGAAUAUCUGAAACCCCAUCUUCCUCUUUGUCUGCGUUCAACAUGUCCCAGCUGCUCCAUGUGGAGAUCCCGAACUUUGGAGCCACAGUUCUGGGCUCCCUUAAUGAGCAGCGCCUGCUGGGACACUACUGCGAUGUAUCGAUCCUGGUCAAAGGUCAGGCGUUCAAAGCCCACCGGGCUGUUUUGGCUGCCAGCAGCCUCUACUUUCGUGACCUCUUCAGCACCUCUACCAAGACCCAAUUUGAGUUGCCCUCCUCAGUCACACCUGCUUGCUUUGAGCAGAUCCUCACUUUCUGCUAUACAGGGAAGCUAACCAUGGCAGCUAGCGAACAGCUGGUGGUCAUGUACACAGCUGGCUACCUCCAAAUCCAGCACAUAGUUGAAAGAGGCAUGGACCUAAUGUUCAAGGCAAACUCACCUCACUGUGACUCGCAAACUGCAGGGUCCUUAGAGGAAACGGGAUCCGAGCCACAGAGUCCUUGUAAUAAUGGUAACGGCCUAGCGGUGGCUGCCCUUUUGGCAACCCCUGGUUGGUCUCCAUCCCUAAUCAUGCCGCAACGUAAGAUUAAACUGGAGGGGGCUGACCCAACACCCCUGACAGUACCCUCGACACACAAGAUUUCAUCUUCGGAGUUGGGGAGUCGGCUGGCGAGGGCAAGUUCAUUGUUCUACACGACGGCAGCCGGGACCCCCAUGACUGGUAUGCCUUCUUACCACCUACAAGGGCCUGGUGGAGGUGGAGCAGGAGGAGGAGCUGGAGUUGAAAGGUCCAGUCCUGGAUCAUCCAGCCUUCCCACCACUGACAGUCCCACAUCCUACCAGAAUGAGGAUGAGGAGUUUGAGGAAGAGCCAUAUGACGGAAUCACAGAGGAUGCCUACAGUCAUCUCUAUGGGCGUUCAGCUAACCCCUACGGGAUCCAGGACAAGCCAGAGAUGGCGGCGGUGCCCUUGGCCUUGGAGAACCGCAACUGUGUGCUGAUCCGCAGGGACCUGGUGGCGCUGCCUGCAAGCCUCAUCAGCCAGAUAGGCUACCGCUGCCACCCUAAACUCUACACUGAGGGCGACCCUGGGGAGAAGCUGGAAUUGGUAGCUGGUACACAGGUGUUCAUGACUCGAGGCCAGCUGAUGAACUGUCAUCUAUGUGCCGGUAUCAAACACAAAGUCUUACUCCGGCGUCUGCUAGCCACGUUCUUUGAUAGAAACACUUUAGCCAAUAGCUGUGGGACAGGUAUCCGUUCCUCUACUAGUGACCCCAGUAGGAAACCCCUGGACAGCAGGGUCCUCAACGCUGUCAAACUCUACUGUCAAAAUUUCAACCCUAACUUCAAGGAGAGUGAAAUGAAUGUGAUUGCUGCUGACAUGUGCACAAAUGCAAGGCGUGUCCGCAAGCGAUGGUUGCCCAAGAUCAAGUCCAUGCUGCCUGAUGGCAUGGAAGUGUAUCGUGCAGGAAUGGGCAUGGGUGCUGCUGUGGGCCUGGGCCUAGCACUGGGUGCCCCUCAAGCAGGGGUACACCUCCCCUUUGAGCCUGACUUCAAGACCCUUGAACGGUUGUAUCCAGACCGCAAGGACCCUCUCAGGACUCACCCACCGCUGACAGAGGGCAGCCCCGGGUCUGGGGCAGCCGGAGCAGAGGCUGAAGGUGAAUGUGAAGGAGUAGUCCAGGAGGAACAGGAGGAGGAUGAGGAUGAAGCUGGGUUAGAGGGUGUAGACGGAUCACUGGGGGCGCCAUCUUUGAUCCCAGGGGCUGAGGCGAGCGAUUGUGGUGACACGCCGCCUGAGCAGGAAGUAGAAAGUUUUGGACAAGGUCUGAGGGUGAAUGGACAGUGAAUGUCCUUUUUGAUGGCCACUCACAUUGUGAAAUCUGUUUAACGCUGCAUUUUCUUUUGCUUGCUCUCCACCACUCUUUCUUCUCCUCUGUGCUUCCUCAACAGAAAUUAUUCGGCACAAAAAGCUGCGCUCGUAGAUCUUACUAUAAAGGAAUUUGUCACACAUGCAUGCGCACACAUGCUUGUGUACACGCAUAUUUACUGAUAGUGGAAGCAAAACACUGAUAGUAGAAGCAGACACAGGCAUGGCAUUACUACAUUCAGUAUAUCAACCCUCUACCGUUUCCGUAUAUACAGUAUUUACUCAGUAUUUUGGCACUAGCUGCAACAGCAAACAAAUGGCUGUAAUGAUUCAUCAUUUCAAUGCGAUACAAAAGAAACAUCUGCUUUGCUGGCAUUUUGUGGAAUUUGAUAUAAUGGUUUUUAAAAACCAUAUGGUUUUCUUUGAAAGCUGCAUCUGGAAAUAACCUGUGUAACAUUGGGACAAACAGAUCAGAAAAACACACUCCCUGAAAAGCAGCUUAUUUUGCAGUGUUUUGCCACUUUACAUCAUAUCAUUGUAUGUUAAAUAUGCAUAAAUAUAUAGCAAAGACUUAAAAAAAAAAAAUUAAAGAUCAUGUAUGUUGCCACCAUUAAACAGUAAGUUAUUUUCUGUUUUGUUUAAAAAGCAUGUCAUUUUAAUUUUUUUUUAAAAAAGGUUCUCCACAAUCUAACAAAAAUGUAUCACAUGGAGUUGUUUUUUAACGCAUAUUUGCCCGUGACAUAUUGAAUUAGAUUGUCAAUGUGAUGCCUGUGUCUGCUCCAGACCGCCCCUCCCAACCACACACACACACACACACAUGCGCACAUUUACCACCUUAUGAUACUAGCCUUCAAUAUCUGCACCAAUGCAUAAAAAAACACUGUCCAAAAAUGCAACAAUGCUUUCUUUUAAACUUUAAAAAAAUCCUUUUUAAAUUAUGACAUUCUGUCUUGGAGAUACAGAGAGAAAGAGAGAGAGAGAGAAUGAGAGAGGCAAGAACAAGAACAUGCACUAAAUCCAAGCUUGCAUGCAUGAAUACAAACAGUGGAUACAGAGAAUUAUAGAAAACAACAACAAAGCCACAAACCUGCAUCUAGAUAACAAAACAGCAACUUUUGCCUCAAGAUAUGCCAUUAAUACACAAAAGAACUUUUUUUCCAUUUCUCACUGGGAUCUGACCUCAGUCUGACACGUGUUAGAACUGGCCUGGGUGUGACCCAGGAAUAACUGUAUUUGACAUAGUAUCGAUUGGAUUUUUUUUAACCCACGGAGCGUGCUGUCACCAUGGGUACUCCAUAUACACCAUGGGAGUACAUGGAGUAGUAGGAGGAAGUGCACUACAUUGAGUGGUAAAAGAAAAAUUGCCAGAGAGAAGCACUGUUUUACCUUGAUGUGGUGGUGUGAUUGGCACCAAGACUACAUAGUCCUGCUUCCAUCCUGUUUUUUCCCUGGGGGGAGGGGGGUAAAUUAUUGAAUAAAACUUAUAAGAGCAAUUUCUGCUGGAUUAUUGUAUUUGCACUCAAAAAAGUCUAUAGGGUGGGGAAAAAAAGAAUUUUUGGCAAGAUGUGACUGUACUAAAGAUGGAGAAUUUCUUUCAUAUCACCCUGAUAAAUUCUUUGAUUGGGGGAUUGGGGAUUUGGAAAGAAAGAAAUGGUCUUUCUGAUGAUGACUGUUUCUAUAUUUUGGAACAGGGAAUUGAACCUGUAUUUGUCAUUCGCAUUUUCAUUUUUUUAAUGUCUGGUUUCAUGCUUUCUGCCACACAUGGACACAGUCCAAACAGUGUUUCUUUGUUGUUUUGUUCAUUGAUUUUAAAAUAUACUGUUGUGCGUUUUCUAGGUUUUUCCUGAUCAGCCAUCAAAUUGCAUUUGAUCAUAAGAUCAUACCAUCAGUUUGAGUGAAGGACUGAGCCCCAAAGUUAUUUUAAGCCACCGACAUUUUUGGAAAAGCUUACCUAUGUGUGAGAUGUUAAAAAUGAAAUGAAUCAGAUUCAUUCUUCUGCAGAAAUUAGCAUAUAGCAUAAACGAACACCAAAAAAUACAGUAUAU